AUGUCCGUGGUCACCGUACAGACCAAGCCAUUCGAGGGCCAGAAGCCCGGCACUUCGGGUCUCCGAAAGCGCGUCAAGGUGUUUUCGCAGCAGCACUACACCGAGAACUUUGUGCAGGCCAUCCUCUCGGCCAUCCCCACGGGUGCGCCCAACUCGACGCUCGUCGUCGGUGGUGACGGUCGCUACUUUUCCAAGCCCGCCAUCCAGGCCAUCAUCCGCCUCGCUGCCGGUAACGGUGUCUCAAAGCUCAUCAUUGGUCAGGAUGGUAUUCUCUCCACUCCCGCCGCUUCGCACGUGAUUCGCUCGUACAAGGCCACCGGCGGCAUCCUGCUCACCGCCUCGCACAACCCUGGUGGUCCCGAGAACGACUUUGGUAUCAAGUACAACAUGGACAAUGGCGGUCCCGCGCCUGAAUCCAUCACCAACAAGAUCUUUGACAUCACAAAGACCAUCACCGAAUACAAGAUCGUCGAGGGUCCACCGGUGGAUCUCUCCAAGAUUGGAGAGACCACGUUUGGCAAGCUCGAGAUCCAGAUUAUCGACAACGUCAAGGACUAUGUCGACUAUCUUUCCCAGAUCUUUGACUUUGCACUCAUCAAGCACUUUCUCAAGACGUCUGGGUUCACGGUGCGAUUCGAUGCGCUGCACGGCGUAACCGGUCCGUACGGCAGGGCGCUAUUCGUCGAGCAGUUUGGCUUGGACGAAUCGAGCAUCCAGAACUGCAUUCCCUCGGAGGACUUUGGCGGUGGACACCCGGAUCCUAACCUCACCUACGCCAAGUCGUUGGUGGAUGCAGUGGAGAAGGAAAACAUCUCGUUCGGUGCCGCUUCCGACGGUGAUGGCGACCGCAACAUGAUCAUCGGCAAGGGCGCAUUUGUUAACCCUUCCGACUCGGUCGCCAUCAUCGCUGAUUGGGCGCAAAAGGCGAUCCCUUACUUCAAGUCCGGCAUCAAGGGUCUCGCACGUUCCAUGCCUACGUCCGGCGCCAUCGACCGUGUCGCCGCCAAGAAUGGAUACGAAUGCUUCGAGGUUCCCACUGGCUGGAAGUUCUUUGGCAACCUCAUGGACGCUGGCCGUCUGAGCAUCUGCGGUGAAGAGUCGUUCGGAACUGGCUCGGACCAUAUCCGCGAAAAGGAUGGUCUGUGGGCGGUGGUUGCCUGGCUCUCGAUCCUCGCCGCUGCCAACAAGGAGAAACCGGGAACGAGCGUCUCGGACGUGCUGCUUGCGUUCUACAAGCAGUACGGUCGAAACUUUUUCUCGCGCUACGACUACGAGGAGGUCGACUCGGACGGCGCCAACAAGCUGAUGGCUCACCUGCGCGACCAAUUCGAAAGCGCAUCGUUCAAAGGUUCCAAGUUGGGCGAUUUCCAGGUCGCCGAGUCGGGCGAUUUCAGUUACACUGACCCGAUCGACGGCAGCGUGAGCAAAAACCAGGGCCUGUACAUCAAGUUUGUCGAUGGUUCCAGAAUCAUCUUCCGUCUGAGCGGCACCGGUAGUGCGGGCGCCACCAUCAGGCUUUACGUCGAAAAGUACUCGAAUGACGACAACGAGUUUGGCGCAGAUGCACAGGUCGGUUUGAAGCCGCUCAUCGAGCAGGCUCUUGCCGUGUCCAAGUUGCAAGAGUUCACCGGAAGGUCUAAGCCGACUGUCAUCACCUAG